UUACAGUUUAUAUUCACAAGAACACAUAUCCUGUCUGAAACGUCAGCAUAUUUUACCAGCUCUCUGGAAAAGGCUGUCAACUGAGAAGUUGGAAAAACUGCAAAAAUGGGCUUCGUGAAAGUAGUGAAAAGUAAGGCGUACUUCAAGAGAUACCAGGUGAAAUUCAGGAGAAGGCGAGAGGGUAAGACUGACUACUUUGCCCGUAAGCGCCUGGUCAUCCAAGACAAGAACAAGUACAACACACCCAAAUACAGGAUGAUUGUGAGGUUCUCCAACAGAGAUAUCUGUUGCCAGAUUGCCUACGCCAAGAUCGAGGGAGACCAGAUUGUCGCUGCUGCCUAUUCCCAUGAGCUGCUCAAAUAUGGCAUCACCGUGGGACUGACAAAUUACGCUGCAGCUUACUGCACGGGCCUUCUGCUGGCCCGCAGGCUGCUGAACAAGUUCGGCCUGGAUCAGGUGUACGAGGGCCAGGUGGAGGUGACUGGAGACGAGUUCAACGUGGAGAGUAUAGACGGCCAGCCGGGGGCCUUCACGUGUUUCCUAGACGCCGGGCUCGCCAGGACGUCCACAGGAAACAAGGUGUUCGGAGCACUAAAGGGUGCUGUCGACGGUGGGCUCUCAAUUCCUCACAGCACAAAACGAUUCCCUGGCUACGACGUGGAGAGCAAAGAGUUCAACACAGAGAUGCAUCGCAAACACAUCAUGGGCAUGAACGUGUCGGACUACAUGAGCUACCUGAUGGAGGAGGACGAAGACGCCUACAAGAAACAGUUCUCGCGCUUCAUAAAGAACGGAGUCACGCCAGACACAGUAGAGGAGAUGUACAAGAAAGCACACACCGCCAUCAGAGAGAACCCAGUCCACGAAAAGAAACCCAAAAAAGACGUCAAAAAGAAGAGGUGGAACCGCGCCAAACUUUCGCUGGCACAGAGAAAGGACCGCGUCGCCCAGAAAAAGGCCAGCUUUCUACGAGCACAGGAAGCAGAGGCAGCGGACGGUUAGAGGGACGGGGACCACUGCCCGUUCCAAAGACAACCACUGCACAUUGGCUUAAUACAUUUAUUGCAAAUGACUUCACUUUGCUCUCUAUGGAAAUACUGCCAGUGUGGUGUGUGUGUUAGACAUUUUGGGGAAAUUCUGGUGUGAUUGAAUGAUAGACCUGAUGGAAAACUUUAUUUUUUGACAAGUAAUUGGGUAUGAUGAAACGUAUUGGUUAUUACAUUUCCUCAGACUGUCACUGCAUACUACAGUCAGGAUCAUCCACAACUCGGCUGACAAAGAAAUUAAGAUGAGACCACAGUGAGUGGUAUGUGGUUUUAUUGUGCAAAAUCAUGCUGGUUCAAACCUCAAGAAAACAUACAUCGUUCCCUCAAAAUCAGCUGUGUGCUUCAGCUCCUUCAGAAACCAGACAGGGCUUCCUGUUUAAAAGAUAGUGACCUUAUCCUUUAAAAGAAUGUAGAAACAGGAAGUUGAAUAAAGCGAGCAGUUCAUGUACAGUA